AACCACGAAACAUGAUGCCAACGUGGAUACCUAACAAUUUGUGCGCACAGCCGACAACGAGAAAUGCUAAACCACCAUCGAACGGGCAUCCACAAGCGACACAACAACAAUCUGCUCCGGGAUCAUUGGCAUACCGUAAUUCGAGCAACAUACCGAAUGGAGCAACCAACCACGUCAGACAACAGAAAUGGCAGUACACUCGUUCAGGACAUAGAAAGAUGGCCGACGGAGAAGCGGUUAUCUCGACGGUCAACAAUGUCGAGGAAGUUCAUGGGCAACUUUUUGAGGUUGCUCCCCGUUAUGUGAAUCUUUCAUAUAUUGGAGAAGGUGCUUACGGGAUGGUCGCCUCUGCACUUGACACAAUUACUCGUGAUCGCGUUGCUAUCAAAAAGAUUUCUCCAUUCGAACAUCAGACAUUCUGUCAACGGACACUUCGGGAAAUCAAAAUUCUUAAUCGAUUCAAGCAUGAGAAUAUCAUCAAUAUUCAAGAAAUCAUCCGUUCGGAGACUGUCGAUAGUUUGAAGGAUAUUUACAUAGUUCAAUGCCUGAUGGAGACUGAUUUGUACAAAUUGCUGAAAACUCAAAAGCUCUCAAAUGAUCACGUUUGCUACUUUCUCUAUCAAAUUCUCCGUGGUCUCAAAUACAUUCACUCUGCAAAUGUGCUCCAUCGUGAUUUGAAACCAUCGAAUUUGUUGCUCAACACCACAUGUGAUCUCAAAAUUUGCGAUUUUGGAUUGGCACGUGUCACCGACCCACAAACCGAUCAUACUGGGUUCUUGACCGAGUAUGUGGCUACUCGUUGGUAUAGAGCUCCAGAGAUUAUGCUCAAUUCAAAGGGAUACACUAAAUCGAUUGAUGUCUGGUCUGUCGGAUGUAUUCUCGCAGAAAUGCUCAGUAAUCGGCCAUUGUUCCCGGGAAAACAUUAUUUGGAUCAACUCAAUUUGAUUUUGGCAGUUGUUGGAUCCCCGUCAAAUGCUGAUUUACAAUGUAUUAUUAAUGAUAAGGCUCGAUCAUAUCUCAUUUCAUUGCCACACAAACCAAAACAACCAUGGGCUCGGCUCUAUCCAGGAGCUGAUCCAAGAGCUCUUGAUUUAUUGGACAAAAUGCUCACUUUCAAUCCACAUAAUCGUAUCGACAUCGAGCAAGCAUUGGCUCACCCAUACUUGGAGCAAUACUACGAUCCAGGAGAUGAGCCAGUUUGUGAGGAACCAUUCACUUUGGAAAUGGAAUUCGACGAUUUACCGAAGGAGAAGCUGAAGGAGCUGAUUUGGGAAGAAGCCGAGGCUCAUCACAGACGAAUGGAGGCAGAAGCGGCUGCAAGGAAUAAUGGAGGGCAGAAUCCUGUUUAGAUUAGUAGUAUUUACCCACUAAAUUAGUUAUUUUUUCCACUUUUUUUUUAUUUUCCACUAAGAUUUUGGCAUUUCAGUUUCUUUUUCGAUGUAUCAUAAUCCACUUCAAAACUCGAUCGUUUAGUUGUUAGUAACCCCCCGUUCCCGCUGAAAAGCUUGUUGAAAAUUUUCUAAUAUUUUACGUAUUUUGUAAUAUAUUCAUCCCCCAAAAAAUAUAUAUGUAUAUCCAUUCCAGCUGUGAUGUGAAUGCACCUCCUCCAAUUAAUCACUCAUUAAUUAUCGAUUAGAAUUCUGUCAAAUUUUUUGUAUAGGAAUUCGCAAAAAUCCGCCCAUACUUGACUCAAUUCCAAUCGGCAUUUGAAUUUUUUCAAAUAUUUUUUUCACACACAAUUCCAUCAGAAUCCCGCUGCUCUCCCCGUUCCACGUUUCCAUUUUCUUUUUUCAAUAUUUUUCAAAUUUCCAAUUCUUCUGAAAAUUCCUCUUUUUGAAAAAACCAAAAAAUAGUAUAAUGUUCAUCCUAUGUGGGAUCUCCAAUGUUUUUCGUCUCUGUCCACAUGUCCUCUUCUCGUUCUCCCUGAUUAUUCAGUUUUCCCGUUUUUAUUGAUUUCGGUAUAUAAAUUCAAAUUUCCAGG